AUGCCUAGUCGACCUUUGAGCCGCUUUCUUAAACCGUUUUUGUAUACAAUUGCUGCUGCGACAGGAGGAGGAGGCAUCUUAUAUCUAGCGUAUCGCCCACGCAAUAUACCUGGAUCGGAUCCGGCCUCCGUUCCGGCCCCAUCAUAUAGCCGUGGAGGAAAGCUAGUUCCCCCAAGCUUUCCUCAUGUCAAAACUCGUGACGAGCACAUACAGGACCUAAAACGAAGUUCACUGGCAAAGACGACGAGCUUGCUAUCCGGGAGCGGAAGGCUAGGAAAGGAUGCAUCCACCCUCGAAAGUCCGGCACGGCCUGAUACCGAUGCGCCAUAUGAUCUGCUUGUAAUUGGUGGCGGCGCAACUGGUUCUGGCAUAGCUCUCGAUGCCGCAUCACGCGGUUUGAAAGUAGCUCUAGUUGAGCGCGACGAUUUCAGCGCUGGCACAAGUAGCAAGAGCACAAAGUUGGUGCACGGGGGUGUACGCUACCUGGAAAAGGCUGUUUGGGAAUUAGACUAUAGCCAAUAUGCACUCGUUAAAGAAGCGCUUCGGGAGCGCAAGUACUUCCUCCACACCGCACCACACCUUUCGAUGUGGCUCCCAAUUAUGGUUCCCGUGCAAAAGUGGUGGCAACUGCCUUAUUUCUGGGCAGGUACUAAAUUUUAUGAUUUCCUUGCUGGAUCCGAGGGGAUUGAGAGUUCAUAUUUCCUCACAAAGAGCAAGGCCCUAGACGCCUUUCCAAUGUUGAAGAAGGAUAAUCUUUUUGGUGCUCUUGUAUACUAUGAUGGUGCCCAUAACGACUCUCGAAUGAACGUAUCUUUGGCAUUGACAGCUUCUUUAUAUGGUUCUACGGUUGUAAAUCAUAUGGAAGUUACCGGUUUGACCAAGGACGAGUCAGGAAGACUCAAUGGAGCCCGCGUCAGGGAUCUGGUUCCAGGAAGAAAUGGCAAAGAGGUAGAGGAAAUUACUAUUAAGGCCAAAGGGAUUAUAAAUGCUACAGGACCUUUUACGGAUUCUAUCAGGAAGAUGGAUGAUGAAAGCGUCAGCGAAAUAGUUGCACCAAGCUCUGGGGUACAUGUUGUUCUUCCCGGUUACUAUAGCCCUGCAAAGAUGGGACUGAUUGACCCUGCCUCUUCGGACGGACGUGUCAUUUUCUUCCUUCCGUGGCAAGGAAAUACAAUUGCAGGAACAACAGAUAGCCCCACUACCAUUACUGCUCAGCCUAUACCAUCUGAGGAGGAUAUAAACUGGAUCCUAACUGAAAUUCGCGGAUAUCUCGCGCCGGACAUCAACGUGAGGCGAGGGGAUGUCCUUGCAGCUUGGGCUGGGAUUCGGCCUCUUGUACGAGAUCCUGCAGCUAAAAACACGGAAUCUCUGGUCCGCAAUCACCUCAUUACAGUAUCUAAAUCCGGUCUUUUAACCUGCGCUGGUGGAAAAUGGACAACUUAUCGGCAAAUGAGCGAGGAAGCUGUUGACGAAGCCAUCAAAGAGUUCGAUUUACAACCGCGCCCUAAUAAACAAGUUCCUGACAUCAGCGGAACGGGACUUUUCGAUGAUGGUGCUGUUUUGGACGGGUCUUGCCAGACCCAUCAAGUCCGUCUAGUUGGCGCCCAUGGCUAUUCGAAAACCCUGUUCAUUAACCUGAUCCAACACUUCGGAAUUGCAACAGAUGUUGCUCAACAUCUUGCGCAGUCUUACGGAGAUCGUGCAUGGGAUGUAGCUGCUAUGUCGUCUCCCACAAAAACUCGGUUCCCAGUCCGUGGAGUCCGCAUUUCUCCUCUCUACCCGUUUAUUGACGGGGAGGUACGCUAUGCCACGCGCGUUGAAUUUGCGCAAACAGCAGUCGAUGUUUUGGCACGGAGAACCAGGCUAGCGUUCUUGAAUGCGCAAGCCGCCCUCGAGGCUCUCCCAACCAUCAUUGACAUAAUGGCGGAGGAGCUAAAAUGGGAUUCUAAGCGGAAAAAUGUUGAAUGGAAUGACACGGUGAAGUUUUUAUUGUCGAUGGGACUCCCGAGUUCUCGCCUCGGUGUCAAACGUGAGGACGUUGAAAGUGGUAAAGCGAAGUUCGAUGAGGUAGAACGGAGACUAUACACAAGACAUGAGGGACCUGAGAAUUUUUACAGCGCGGACUUAGGAACUGGUCACACAGAUGAGAAACGGCUCAGUUCCUCUUCACAAACAUGA